CUGGCGAGUCGCGCUCAGAUAUACUGAGCGAGCUCUGAGAAGCAGCCUCAGAUCCUGACGGUGCAGCAGCCCGCAGCCUCAGCCAGGGAGUCCCAGCCGCUUUCAAUGGAGGAGAAGCCCGGCCAGCCACAGCCUCAGCACCAUCACAGUCACCACCAUCCGCACCAUCAUCCUCAGCAGCAGCAGCAGCAGCAGCCGCACCACCACCACCAUUAUUAUUUCUACAACCACAGCCACAACCAUCACCACCACCACCAUCACCAGCAGCCUCACCAAUACCUGCAGCAUGGAGCCGAGGGCAGCCCCAAGGCCCAGCCAAAGCCGCUGAAACAUGAGCAGAAACACACCCUCCAGCAGCACCAGGAAACGCCGAAGAAGAAAACAGGCUAUGGUGAAAUAAAUGGUAAUGCUGGAGAAAGAGAAAUAUCUUUAAAGAGCCUGGGUUCUGAUGAAGCUACCAACCCUAUUUCCAGGGUCCUCAAUGGCAACCAGCAAGUUGUAGACACUAGCCUGAAGCAGACUGUAAAGGCCAGCACCUUUGGGAAAGCAGGAAUUAAAACCAAGAAUUUCAUUCAGAAAAACAGUAUGGACAAAAAGAAUGGGAAGUCUUACGAAAAUAAAUCUGGAGAAAACCAGUCUGUAGAUAAGACCGAUACUGUAGCAAUUCCAAAUGGUGUCGUAACAAAUAAUUCAGGCUACAUUACUAAUGGUUAUAUGGGCAAAGGAGCAGAUAAUGAUGGUAGUGGAUCUGAGAGUGGAUAUACCACUCCUAAAAAAAGGAAAGCGAGGCGCAAUAGUGCCAAGGGUUGUGAAAACCUUAAUUUAGUGCAGGACAAAAUAAUGCAACAAGAGACUAGCGUCCCAACUUUAAAACAGGGACUUGAAACUUUCAAGCCUGACUGUAAUGAACAAAAGGGAAAUCGAGUAGAUGGUUCAAAGCCCAUUUGGAAAUAUGAGACUGGGCCUGGAGGAGCAACUCGAGGAAAACCUGCCAUGGGUGAUAUACUUCGUAAAAGUUCAGAUAUUAAACCUGGUGUGAGCAGCAAAAAAUUUGAUGAUCGACCCAAAGGAAAGCAUGCCUCAGCUGUUGCCUCCAAAGAGGACUCAUGGACCCUAUUUAAACCACCCCCAGUUUUUCCAGUGGACAAUAGCAGUGCUAAAAUAGUUCCUAAAAUAAGUUAUGCAAGCAAAGUUAAGGAAAACCUCAACAAAACUAUACAGAAUUCUUCUGUUUCACCAUCUUCAUCUUCAUCUUCUUCGUCAUCUGCUGGGGAAACUCAGACCCAGUCUUCAAGUCGGUUAUCCCAGGUCCCUAUGUCAGCACUGAAAUCUGUUACUUCUGCCAACUUUUCCAAUGGGCCUGUUUUAGCAGGGACUGAUGGAAGUGUGUAUCCUUCAGGGGGCCAGCCACUGCUAACUACUGCUGCUAAUACUCUAACACCCGUCUCUUCUGGAACUGAUUCAGUACUCCAAGACAUGAGUUUAACUUCAGCAGCUGUUGAACAAAUUAAGUCUAGUCUUUUUAUCUAUCCUUCAAAUAUGCAAACUGUGCUGUUGAGCACAGCACAAGUGGAUCUGCCCUCUCAGACAGAUCAGCAAAACCUGGGGGAUAUCUUCCAGAAUCAGUGGGGUUUAUCAUUUAUAAAUGAGCCCAGUGCUGGCCCUGAGACUGUUAUUGGGAAGUCAUCAGAUCAUAAAGUGAUGGAGGUGACAUUUCAAGGAGAAUAUCCUGCCACUUUGGUUUCACAGGGUGCUGAAAUAAUCCCCUCAGGAACGGAGCAUCCUGUGUUUCCCAAGGCUUAUGAGCUGGAAAAACGGACUAGUCCUCAAGUUCUGGGUAGCAUUCUAAAACCUGGGACUGUUAGUGAGAGUGGAGCCUUAUCCUUGGAACCCAGUCAUAUAGGUGACCUGCAGAAAGCAGACACCAGUAGUCAAGGUGCUUUAGUGUUUCUCUCAAAGGACUACGAGAUAGAAAAUCAAAAUCCUCUGGCCUCUCCUACGAACACUUUGUUAGGCUCUGCCAAAGAACAGAGAUACCAGAGAGGCCUAGAAAGGAAUGAUAGCUGGGGUUCUUUUGACCUGAGGGCUGCUAUUGUAUAUCACACUAAAGAAAUGGAAUCUAUUUGGAAUUUGCAGAAGCAAGAUCCCAAAAGGAUAAUCACUUACAAUGAAGCCAUGGAUAGUCCAGAUCAAUGAAGGACCAGACUGCCUAUUUGUAACCUUUCUGCAGCAUUAGAGCCACCGUUCAUGGGGGACACAAGGCUUUUAUGCUCCUAGAUCUUCAACGCAGCAGAGGAACCAUAAGUAGAAUCACAGGAUAAUAUAUACAAAUAUAUAUAUAUACAUUUAUAUAUAUAUAUAUAUAUAUAGUUAUUUAAAAAAAGGCAACUGAAAGUAAUUAGACUUCUUAAGGAAUCAAAUUUAUUUCAAGAGACUACACAUGGUUAUUUAAUCUCCGGUACUGAAUAGUUUGUUGUUGUUUUUUUUUCUUUUUUUUUUUUUCUUUUCAUUUGUAAGUUUUUGUUUAAGUGUGAAUGCAAGUGAUUAAUGAAUACAGACUUACAAGCGUGGUUCUAAAGUUCCUGCUGUCAUCAACUUGGGCAACAAAUGACCCACUGGAAAGGCAAAUCCACUUAAAAGAUCUCUGUAUCUUGUUCUGUGACUAAAGUGAUACACUAAUCACGGGGAACCCAGAAUGAUUCAACAUUUUCCCCUACUCCUCCCUUGAUCUUUUGGUUUUACUUUAAGCCCUGCGAGAAUGCUGGAUAAAUGCCUUGAAGUUUGCAGGGGUGUAUUUUUUUUUUUUUUUUUUUUUUAAGCAAAUAUGAUUUGCAUGUCUUGCCAGGAGUUUAAGCAGCCUCUGUGGGGUAUUGGGGAAAUCUUUUUGUUCUUUCCUUUUGUUUUUUUGUGGGGUGGGGAUAGGGGAGGGCAUUGAACUUCUACAAUUCUGGAGUAGUUGGUGGGUGCAUAGUUAACUUGUUUUGGUUAUAUGUUGAACUUUUAACAACUGAAGAAUCCAUGAGUGUCAUUUAAAGAAAAGUUGCAGAACAAGCAAUUGGCUUAGAUAUGGGGGGAAUCCUUUGCCCAUAUUUUAAUGUAAUUGUAUAACUGGGAGCAAAAAUAUAUUCUGCUUUUCAACUGUAGGUGCUCCAGACUUGCUCUCUGUCACUAACACUAAAUGUGCAGUUUUCCUUGUUUUUCAUCAAACAUCUAAGAGAAACUUGUACUUUUCUGUAAAUUCUCUUGAUUUCUCUGCAAAAUCUAAAAGGGGAAGAAAAAAAGGCAAUGAAAACUAAACUUUUCAUGUUUUUAGCCAGUGAGGAGGUAAUAAACCCUGCUUAUAGAAGGUGUGCUUUCAUGCAAAUUAUACUUCUGAGCUUAUUAGCUUCUAAUUAUAUCUUAGUAAAUAUAUUUUAUUACUAGAGCAAAAUGGGUUUUUAAGGAAAAUAAUGUGAAAUUCUGAAAUUUUCUUUUGGGCAGAAAAGAGCAUUAGCCCUGUCUUAUCAUCACAUUGCCAUCCUGUUGCACUGCAGCUUGUGUAUAGCAUGCUGAAAUAAAUUUUUUUGUGUGUGUGUGUGUGCAGAAACUAAGGGUCCAAUUUAAGAUUGGGUGAUGUUAGUGAUAUAGUAACAAGUUCUCUGGCCUGACACAGCAUAACAUCACACACACAUAUACACACAGAGAGAAAUUAGUAUAUCCAUGUAUGUCAAAUACAGGUUAAAAUAGCAGGGCAUUUAUAUAGAGUUGUAGUCUUCUAAUAAAAUAAGCUGGAUCCCCUAGGAAUAUCUGGGGAGAAAGGAACUGCUUUUUUUGCUCUACCCCUUUGCUUAAGAAAUGUCCAGUUUUGAGCGACUGUAGUGUGGAUGGUUUUCUUGUUGAUUAUUUGAGGCUUUUAAUAAGUAGUUCAUGAAAGAAGCUGUUGGACUCAAUGUAGAGAAAAUAUCUUUUUAGUCUGGAUUUCUGCCCUGCUUAGAUUUUUAAAAAAGUUAUAAGCAUGGAUUGCCAAUUCCACUUGAUGUAAACAAAACUUUUUAUACAUAAUAUAUAUAUAUACAUAUAUAUAUAUAAUAACUUAUUGUAUCAGUCCAGGUUCAGAAACUUGUGGUAGGCCAGUUCCAGAUAGUUUCAUUUCACCUGUAAACUGUAUCACUUUUACUGAUAUUGUAAUUUUCAAAUGUAUAAUAUGUUUACAGAUGUGCCCUGCAUUUAGUCUGCCUUGUUCCUAUUUUGAUUUUUGUUGAGUCUCCUGCCUGCUUGCCAAAAGCUAGGAUGCUUCAGGCCCAUGUACAAUUGAAAGCAGAGGCAUCCUUGAGCUUUAAAGCAUUGAACAAACUGGAAAAUGCAACAUACCACAUACUGAAGUGAAAAAAUGUCUUGUGUUUUGUGUUUUUUUUUUUUAAUAAAAAUUUUCAAAAAGUUUAAAAAAAAGAUAAAAGGUUGAUUAAAGAAAAAAAAAGGCUCCAGUUUGUUUUACAGGUUUUAAAGUUCUGCUGUGUGUUCAAUUGCCUUGUGUAACCACUUGUCUUAGGGCCAGAUCCCCACCCUCACCCCACACCUCUUAUUUUUAAAUGUCCAUUUUGCUUGCCUGGAAUUUUAAAGUUUUUUUGUUUCACAACUCACAAACUUUCUUGGUUUGUGACAUACAGAGUUGAAUGAACAUAUAUUUAAGAAAAAAACACCCCAACCCCCAUCUGAAUUGGGCUUUACCUUUACCUUGGAAGCAACAAUUAAAUACUUUUUUAAAAGUCUUUGCUUUCUUAAUUCCCUCCUAUAUCCCUCAGGCCUCUGGGUUCAGAGAAGCUGAAGAGAAUGUAACCCUUCUGUUUGUCCAAAGGUUUUUUUGAGUCUCAAUUCUAAAUGAAACAAUGCAACAUUUCACUUUUAUUUCUGAACUGAAAUUUAUAUGAUUAGAGGAGGUAUAUAUUAUAGUGGUUAGGAAUUUCUUAAUUUUCUGGGAACCCUAGUGCCCCAUCAUAUUAACCGUCAGUAUUUUUGGGCAUUGGGUUAAUGGACUUAAUUGCCUAGGUACAAGCAGGACUUUGGGACAAAUUCUCCUUUGUGCUGUUUGGUUACACUUAACUCUACUUGUUGCAAUCUUUCUCCUUAGGUCCUCACACAAUUCCUUACAGAGCACUUAUUAAAAAAAUCUGAAGAGUU